AGCGAAAGAGUCACCACGCACGGACAGUGCUUGCUGCAUGCUGUAGAAACGCAUAAUAAUGGGGAGAAAUAAACCUAAUAAGUGGAGACGUGGAAAGCGGGACAGAGACCAGCAACAAACAAGACCCGGUACUCGAGGGAACUAUGAACUUCCACCAAAGGAGAAUGUAGUGUUUGAGGAAUAUUACAAGGGCCAGGGUAUUGUACCAGAUGGAGAGUGGGAUCAGUUCAUGAGCACACUGAGAAAAGAAUUACCAGUCACAUUCAGGAUCACAGGCUACAGGAGCCAAGCUAAACGCCUUCUAGAUGUGAUCAAGAGUGAAUAUUUCAGUAAUCUAGUGAACAUGGUUGGCGACUCGGUACAGCCACCAAAGUUACUGCCAUGGUAUCCAGAUAACCUUGCAUGGCAGAUAAAUGUCAGCAGAAAGGAAAUCCGGUCAACACCAUUACUUAAGAAAUUACACACUUUUCUUGUCUCUGAAACAGAAAGUGGUAAUAUCAGCAGACAGGAGGCAGUAAGCAUGAUCCCUCCAAUACUGCUGGAUGUGCAGCCCCAUCACAAGGUUCUUGAUCUAUGUGCUGCUCCAGGGUCCAAGACAGCUCAGUUGAUUGAAUUACUUCAUGCAGAUGAGACUAAGGCUAUCCCAGAGGGGUUUGUUGUUGCUAAUGAUGUUGACAACAAGCGGUGCUAUCUGAUGGUUCACCAGGUGAAAAGACUUCAGAGUCCCUGCUUCAUGAUUGUCAACCAUGAUGCUACUACCAUGCCAAAUAUUAGGAUGUAUCCACAGGAGGAUGAAGCAAAUAAAUUCAAGUUUGUGACGUAUGACAGAGUUCUUGCAGAUGUACCUUGCAGUGGAGAUGGGACAAUGAGGAAGAAUCCAGAUGUUUGGAGAAAAUGGCUUCCACAGGCAGCAGUUGGAUUGCACAGUGUACAGAUGAAGGUAUUAAAGAGAGGACUGGAGUUAUUAAGUGUUGGUGGCCGCCUGGUUUACUCCACAUGUUCUCUCAACCCAGUGGAAGAUGAAGCGGUCAUCUCGGCCAUGUUACAGAAAUGUGAAGGUUCUGUGGAAUUAGUGGAUGCAUCAGAUAAGUUACCUGGCCUGAAAACCAUGCCUGGGCUGAAAUCUUGGAAGAUCUUCCACAGAAAAGACAGCAGUUGGUUUAACAGUUUUGAGGAGGUAGAGGCAGCGGGACUCACUGGUUUGGCAGGAAGAACAAUGUUUCCUCCUUCUCCUGAAGUGGCAGAACAGUUGCAUUUAGAGAGAUGUAUGAGAGUAUUACCACACCAUCAGAACACAGGUGGCUUUUUCAUUGCUGUCCUUGAAAAAAGAGACGUUCUUCCGUGGGUUAGAACUCCAAUACCACCGUCUUCUACAGCAAUAACAGUAAAUGAAUCUGAAAUAGUGCAGAAUGAUUCAGUGUCAAAAUCAGACACAAGCAAUGGAGAUGUGCCUGUGGAUAGUUCUGCUGAUUUACCACCAGAGGGAGCUGAUGAUGCUGACAUCAGGAAGAGGAAAGAAAGGGAUGAUGAUGAUGAUGAAAAGGAGGAAGGAAUCUUAAAGCCACCAGAACCCAAUUCUGAACCUCAUUCAAAAAAGGCAAAGAUUAGUGGAUACAAAGAAGAUCCAUAUUUCUAUUUCAAUGAGGAUGAACCAGACUGGGAAAAGAUAAAGAAUUUUUAUUCUGUGUCAAAUGACUUCCCGCAUACUCAGUUGUUGGUGAGAUCAGAGACUGGUAAAAAGCGCAACAUUUACUUCACAUCAGAUGCUGUCAAACGUAUGGUGACCUACAAUACUGACAAAAUACGGUUUAUCAACACUGGUAUUAAGUUAAUGGCCAGAAGUGAAAAAGAAGAGGUGGACUGUGAUUUUAGAUUGGCACAGGAGGGUAUCAACACAAUAUUUCCGUACUUCACAUCCAGAAGGGUGCACAUCACAAAGGAGGAUGUCCUAACACUUUUACUGCAAGAAAAUCCUUUUAUAGGAAAGAUGUCGCUAGGAGCACAAGAAGAGCUUAAACCAAUCUCACAAGGAAGCAUCAUAUUUAUUUUUGAUCAAGAAGACAGCCCAGAUGAUGACAACAAGUGUCGAGUCUUGUUCUGUGGAUGGAAAGGAAAGAAAAGCUGUAGAACAUUCGUGCCAAAACACGAGCGCCUUCAUUAUCUGCGCAUGUGUGGGAUAACGACAGAUCCUAAACGGGGUCAUUGGGAACUGAACCAAGGAAAGUAUCCAGUUUGCUUUUGA